AUGCGAGCUCACUAUCUGUCGCGCUUCGUCUUUGAAACUACAAGCAAUGUACGAACCUUUCGGCAUCAACCGUCCAUCCACCAUCCCCACGUGGAAUGUGCGAGUUGUCACAGUCCCGUUGAGGCGAAUGAGCCAUACAGUCAUCAUUGGUUGUCCUGUGAAGAUGCCCAGCACACCAAGCUGGAUCUGGAGAAGAAACUGCUGCUCAGGCAGAUCGAGAAGGAACGCAUUGAAACCUUUAUGAUUUGUGAUGAAACCCAACAAUAUGGUGGCGUUGAAGAAUUUCUACUGCAAGCCGGAACGCAAGCACUGCCGCAGCUGUUGCGCUUCUUGAAAUACAAGGCCAGCGAACUGGUUGUCACUAUGGGUUUCUAUGUGUCUGUGCCGGGGAAGCGCUUUUACUUCGAGAGUUAUUCCUUCUCCAUAAAGCAUUUCCUGGACAUCGAGGCAACAGUCGACAUGGUCAUCGGUCGGCUCGCUCAGAAGAUUUGCAGCUAUAUGUAUAUGGCGGAGGGUGUUACCCUGGAUUCAUGCGCCAUCAGGCGCAUAAAACUGACUGUCAAACGGCUUAACAAUGGACCAGAAGUGCUACCACUGCAGUAUCGCAUCAAGAACAGUGGCGGCUUCAAGGCCAAGGACAAUAAUAAGAAGCCGGUGAAUUUGUCGCUCCUCAACGAGAGCUAUCUCAACUAUCAUGGAAAACGUUUUGGCAAAUUUCCCGACUCCCUGCAAGUGAACCUCUAUUGCUUCCAUGUCUGCCCCGAGACCAAAGAACUGAUUGCCGUGCCGUAUUUGAUCAGAAGCGAAGAUGUGAAGAACACACCCACAUUUGUCAUUCAAACCGAUGUGACUGGGGAAUUCAGUGGCAUGUAUGAAGUACGGAAUAUUCGAAGAUUUCUGCGCACGGAACCCAACGAUCGCUUUGUUGAAUGCUCCGUUUGUAUAGGGGCAUUCACGAGUCGUAUGCACUUUGUAUUACAUAAACAAAUGGACUGUGGGAAUGAGGUUGAGGUCUUGCAAAUGGACGGCGAGUCUUUUGAGACAUACGACAAUUGCAUUACUCUGCCAAAGGAGUUCUUUAAGCUCGACUUUAUCGGAAUUCGACCUAAUUAUUAA